UCUCACCCUCUCUAUCAUCAUCCACUGCACAUCUUUCUCCCCUGACCGGUUUCUAUUUCCAUUGUUUUCUCUCUCUCUAUAUAUAUAUAUAUCUAAUCUUUGAUCAUCAUCUCCCAUAUUUUCUUCAGAUUUUUCAUCCAUUGAUCUCCUUUUUGGGAUUUUCUCUGUUAUGUUCUUUGAUCAAUUCAAAGCAGAGCUUUCACUCUUGAAACAAACUUGUUUUUUCUUGCUGAUUUGGUUCACUGGUAAUUGUCUAAUCAGAUCAGGGAAAACAGGAGAAAAGAUGGGAUUUCUUGGAAAAUUUUAUGGGGUUUUUUCUUUUUCUAUUUGUUGACUUGUGGGCUGAAAAAUUAAAGAAAAAAAAAGGUUCGCAGAAACAGAGGAUAUUAGGUCCGAGAAGCAGGGAAGACUGAGACUUUGAGAUUUUGCUAUUUAAAUCCUCUACUCUGCCAAGUUUGUGCACUGCGAUCAUUUGGCAAUGGCCAUGGAUUCCACAACGAGUGGAACCCCAACUAUACAAUACCAUAACAUCACUGAUCAGCCUGUUACAGCCAUUGUUGCUGUUCCUGUCUCAACAUAUCAACGAAAUCAGCGUCAUUGCUUUGGGGACUCAAUUCCUGGAGAAUUCCCCUUAGCUGCCAAUCCAUCAAUUGUCCUCCAUGUUCUCACCACAUGUAACUUGGAUCCUCAAGAUCUUGCAAAACUAGAGGCAACAUGUUCCUUCUUUAGGCAGCCAGCAAGCUUUGCCCCCGACUAUGAAUUAUCCAUGUCAGAGCUUGCUGCUCUUGAUAUGUGUCAAAAAAGAGCCAUAUUUAAGCCAAUGACACCUGAAGAACGCCAAGAUUUGAAACAAAGGUGUGGGGGCUCAUGGAAACUGGUCCUAAGAUUUUUGCUGGCUGGAGAAGCAUGUUGCAGGAGGGAGAGAUCCCAGGCAACUGCAGGACCUGGUCACAGUAUUGCUGUGACAUCGAAUGGAGUAGCUUACUCCUUUGGCUCUAAUAGCUCAGGACAACUUGGGCAUGGCACCACUGAAGAGGAAUGGCGACCUCGGCAAAUCAGAUCCUUGCAAGGCAUUCGAAUUAUCCAAGCAGCUGCUGGGCCUGGCAGGACAAUGCUGAUUAGUGAUGCUGGGGAGGUUUAUGCCUUUGGAAAGGACUCCUUUGGUGAAGCUGAGUAUGGAGUUCAAGGAACUAAAACUGUCACAACUCCACAGCUGGUUGAGUCCUUGAAAAACAUAUUUGUGGUGCAAGCUGCAAUAGGGAAUUUCUUCACCGCUGUAUUGUCCAGAGAAGGAAGGGUUUAUACGUUUUCUUGGGGCAAUGAUGGCAAACUUGGUCAUCAGACCGAGCCAAAUGAUGUUGUACCCCAUCCUUUGUUGGGGGCACUUGAGAACAUACCAGUGGUUCAAAUUGCAGCUGGAUACUGUUACCUUCUUGCUCUGGCCUGUCAACCCAGUGGCAUGUCGGUAUACUCUGUUGGAUGUGGCUUGGGUGGGAAGCUUGGACAUGGAUCAAGAACUGAUGAGAAGUACCCACGAUUGAUAGAACAGUUUCAGCUUUUGAACCUUCAGCCAAUGGUGGUUGCUGCUGGUGCAUGGCAUGCUGCCGUGGUAGGAAGGGAUGGACGGGUUUGUACAUGGGGUUGGGGCCGCUAUGGGUGCUUGGGCCAUGGAAAUGAAGAGUGUGAAUCUGUUCCUAAGGUUGUUGAUGCUUUGAGCAAGGUCAAAGCUGUUCAUGUUGCUACAGGGGAUUACACAACCUUCGUGGUAUCUGAUGAUGGUGAUGUAUACUCAUUUGGUUGUGGUGAAUCUGCUAGCCUAGGUCAUAAUGCUGAUGGUGAUGGACAGGGAAAUAGGCAUACUAAUGUCUUAAGCCCAGAGCUAGUAACAUCGUUGAAGGAGGUGAAGGAGCGAGUGGUGCAGAUCAGCCUAACCAACUCCGUGUACUGGAAUGCUCACACCUUUGCUCUCACUGAAUCAGGGAAACUUUUUGCAUUUGGUGCCGGAGACAAAGGGCAGCUUGGCAUGGAACUUGUUAACAACCAGACUGAAAGGGGGAAUCCAGAACAAGUGGACGUGGAUCUAAGGUAGAAAUUAACAAAAUGUCGUCCCCACUGUUCCUUCAACCAUGCCAGUAUAAUUUAUCAUCAUUGCACAUUGCAUUUGGUGUUUAGAUUUCCUUGUUGAUUGUGUACAUAGAAACAGAAAAGAAUUGUGGAGAUUCAAGGCUAGGUAGUAAUGGCCAAGGCUCAACCAUGUAUAUGAUUCGACAGUUAAAAAGAUGGUUAGUGUUUGGGCCACAAGUUGUCAAUAGUUCAUGCAUUGUUUAAGGAAGGUUCGUUAAUAA